UACCGGAAAUACGGUCAGAUUUGCCGCACGUGUGUUCUCCAGCAACACAAAAUCUCCCUCAAGUUAAACUUCUACGUUUGUUUCACAUAUUUUUUUUAGCGAAACAUGACAAAGGUAAAGAAGGAGAAAACUGGCGAAGAGGAGACUGGGGGAACAGAGAAAUCAUAUCAAGAAUUGAUAGCUAAUGUAAACCCAAUCGCAAACCCGCUUGCAUCGCGUAAACUAAGCAAAAAGCUCUACAAGUGCGUCAAAAAAGCGGCUAAAAUCAAACAGAUCCGACGAGGAGUAAAAGAGGUACAGAAGUUUAUCAACAAAGGAGAGAGGGGUAUUGUGGUGUUUGCUGGAGACACUCUUCCCAUCGACGUGUAUUGCCACUUACCAAUCAUGUGUGAAGACAGAAACAUGCCCUAUGCUUAUGUGCCAUCUAAAGUUGAUUUGGGUUCAUCAGCUGGAUCGAAGCGUCCCACCUGUGUUAUCAUGAUCAAACCACAUGAUGAAUAUAAAGACGCUUAUGAUGAGUGUCUGGAGGAAGUCACGUCUCUGCCCAAACCAAUCUGAGGACACUUCAAUGUUUUAUUUUUGUUUUUAAAAGAAUGAUUGAAUAUAUAAAAUCAGAUUAGGAUGGCUGUGAGUGACUUUGCAUGGUGUUCGUGUUCACCAGUGCAUCUGUCAUGUCAUGUAGAGACUGAACCCAAUUCUGGAUCGUCGUCUUUGUGGACUUCUUCAUUUGCUGAAAGAAGUAUGAUAGCAGUUAAUAUGAUGUUGCUUAAACGAAACUUUAGUUCGUGUCACCUGACAGUGGAUAGAGCUGUUGUUCAGCCUGUUGUGUUUCUCAAUGUUUGACACUCUUGAUCUCUGAAACGUUUGAUGUAUUGAUUGGUUUACUUUUCAUUUUUCAUAACUGCUUUGGGGCCGUGGACCCCAGAGAGCUCCAAGAGAUGUCAAAAUAAACCUUUUCAUUUUU